UCUGAUCCCUGCGUUUUCUCUUUAAUUCUUAUCGCUCAUUUUUGCUGAGGUAGAUCGGUGUUCCUCGUUUUGGUUUGCGAAUUCAGCAGCAGAGCUCUGUUCUUCGCAACUGGAAGCGAUUUCCACAAUUCUGGUCCAAGUUGCUUCAUCUCGUUCAUAAGUCCAACUCAUCAUGCUGAAUGGAACUGUGCAACCAGUUAAUGAUGCUAAUGAGAGGAGCAAACAAACUGUCCGACCAUACCAAUCUCUCUGGCUUGCUCAUUGGAAGCAAACAGGCUGCGAUGCACGAGGAGUAUCUACUAGUCCCAAUGCUUCUCGAAACGAGGAACUUGACUAUGUUGCUAGGAAAGAUGGUUUAACAAAGGGAGUGGAGGAUUUUUCACGGUCUGCCAGCGGAGGAAUGACUACGAAAAGAGCACUUGAUAUUGGUGAUGAUUUCAUUAAAAUAGGUAGAAGAAGCUUAGGUAAUAACAGUAAUCUGGAUGAUCAAGAUGCUGAUGCCUUGUCCAAGUUGAAAUCCUUGGAGGAAAGUUUUGUCGAGUCAUCAUCUCAUGUUUCGGCAGAAGACUUUGGCAUUAUAACAAACAAGUAUGACAAGGGAAAAGCUGCAGCAUCUAUUUGUUUUAGACAAAGAACUGCUGACAUGAGAAUGCUGAAGCAUGGGCAAUGUUUGGAGCACAGGCAAAUUGAUUUACAUUGUGAAAGAAAAAUGAUAUCCCUCUCUCAAUCAGAAUACAACUCGGAUGAAUGUUUGAGAGAGAGCAUUUCGUGUGAUCAUUGCUUGUCAAUGAUCAACCGGGUCUGGUUUCCGAAGAUGCAGAAGAGUCCAGGUGUCAGACUGUUUCCAAGUCAGUCCAAUUCUUCAGAUGAAAAUGGAACUGCAAAAUCCCAUAUUGAUUGUCACUCUCACCUGAAGUUACAGAAAUGUGGUCAUGGUUUGGGGACAAUGAGAAUCGAUAGUGGCGUGGAAGUUCAAGGAGGAACACUUGCUGGUUUUCCAAGGUUUUCUCAAACAAGUCAUGAUAUGUUAAUGACAAAAAAGACCCAUGUCUAUGCAUUCAAAGAAACUGAUCUAUUUGGAAGUAAAAGAGUUAUUACUAAUGUUAAUGGAAAUUUUUCUGAGGACCUUCAUAGUGUAUUUCCAUUUCUUGGUCAUAAUAAGCAAAAAGUACCACCAUUUCAGGCUUUGAGCAGUUUAAAAGAUAGUGAAGUGAAAGAAGACAUUAGAGAUGUGAAGGCUUCUACGGUUACUAUAAGGAACGAAUUAUCAGCUGAGACAGAUUCUGUGGAUGUGGACUCUCUGAAAGAGGAGAGAUACAAAAAGAACCUGCGGCAUUCUGCUUCAAAUUCUACUGCAACCACAUUAACUAAGGCCUUCAAUAUGGAGUCAAAUGACGUUUCCUAUAGAAAACUUGGACAACGAUGGAUGAAUAGUGAGCUACCCGAUAUCAACAUCGAGCUUCCUGCCUUAACUGGUGGUGCAGCUAGUUCGCCACCAAAUAUAUCCCCUAGUUCGUCAAAGACUGUCACUCUGGAGAGAGACGAGCUACUCGAGCAUCCCAAAGCGAAGUCCCAUUUCAGCCUAGACGAAUCUCCACAUGCAGAUGCUGGCAGCAGAUGGCUUAAGCGCCUCAAGCUGAGCUCAAACUCUUCAAUUCAAGGUGGAAAGAGCCCAGACUAUGCUUCAACCACGCCCCAGGAGAGAAGGAGCAGGCUUUUCGACAGCAUUCCUAGAAGCAUCAUGACAAGGUCAAAACCAAAUCUAAGCAAGCACCGUGGCGAAACAUCAGUUUUGUCGGAGAAGAUCAGGGGCUUUGAGUUAGACGCGGACCGGUUCAUAGAGAACCCAAACGACAAGGCCGAAGCGCUACUGCUGUCACAUGCUUGGAUACAAAGAUUGCUGCCCAAUGGAGGGAGAAAAAGCAAGAGAAAAUCUGGUACAGAAGCUGUUUUAGAACCAGAGAGUUCAAAAUUAGCACUGGAGAAACUCGAAAAGGAGCAGUUGCCGAGCAUAGCGGCAAUGGCGCUGAUGGCGAAGGUGCUCACCUGUUUUCAACAAUGUGAGCUCCAGAAUAAGGGAUCUUACACUGUUUGGAACACACAGACUUUGUUAUAAUAUGUUAGUUGUCUCUUCAUAUUUAUCAGAUGUUAUCCUGAUUCUGAUCGUAACCUUGUUAGUUAACUCGAAUAUUACAUUGUCAUAUCAAACUGCUUGAGAUAUUCGAAUUU